GGCAACCCCUGAUUUAUGAUGCAUUCCGCAUUUGUUUUAAUCAACGCGAUUUCAUUGUUGAUCUGAUGUUAUUCGCCACUACUUUGGUGUGUAACAAAGUAAUUUUAAAGUACAUAGUAAUGAAUGUUAUUCAUUUUAAAGUAGUAAAUGAAUAACAUUCAUUUACUACUUUAAAAAUUACUUUGUUACUCACCAAAGUACUGGUGAAUAACAUCAGAUCAACAAUGUUAUUCAUUACUAAUUUAAAAUGUUAUUGACAGAACACUAAAUUUUGCAGCUAAAUAAAUUCAAGUUCAGCCGUUCCCUUCCGACGCUUACCAUUUUGCGCUAAAGGGCAAGGAUGCCACACAAGCGACACUCUAGAAGGAAGGGACCUGAGGGGCUCAGGGCAACGGCCCGCGUGGCCGAGCCCCCUGUUCUCACAGCUCUGGGAAUUGCGUGACCCCCCCCCCCAAACCCCCACUUACACGACGACUUCGCACCGCCACGUCCCGCUCACGGCAGCUGGGACGUCCAAGGCCGCCGUGACGAGGCCGAGGCGGGUCGUGAGGGAGGGAAGACACCGGCCACCCCGGUCCCGCCUCAGAGGCCACGCGGGCAAGACGGCGGCAUUCUUGCCAAAGGGGUGGGAGAGAGAGGAAGCGGCCGGAGGAGAACGAACGGAGAGAACGAGAGGGAUGCGAGGGAAAACGAAACCGAAAAGAUGAAUGGGGGCGGGGGGGAGCGAAGUGAGGCGGAGCGGCGAGGCUCGCGCCAGGAACGAGCGGUGGGCGGGGCCUGAAGGGACCCACAGCGCGGGCUUCUCGCUUCUUGCGCGCGCAGCCGCCCUCGCGCUCCGACGAACGCGGGGAGGCGUGGCUGCUCCGCGCUCAUCCCCAAUCGACGUGGUGUUUUGCGCCCCCCAUCCCACUCGCGUUCUAAUCCCACCCCCGCUGCCGGAAGCGGAAAAUCUCCUGUUUUCGCUCCUGCUGCCGGAAGUCGGUGGGCGGGACGUAGGCUGACGGCUACUGAUGCUGUUGUGGAGAGGUUUUGGGCGCGGAGAGAAAGGGGAGCGCGGAUAACCGCCUUUUCUGAGAGUUGCUGCCGCCGCUGCCCCGCUGGGGCGGGAAGGGUGCGGACCCCCCCCGUCCCUCCCUCAGGCCCCCUCACCAUGUUACUGCCGUCCGACGUGGCACGCCUGGUGCUAGGUAAGCGCGAGCGAAGGGUUCCUCUCCUGAGGGGGCUUCCGGGGAAAACGGGCCCCUCUUUUUGCUCCUGGCCCCGCGGUGUGUGUCUGUGUGUGUUUCUGGGGGCCUCCGAGAAGGGCAGGCCAAGGGCGCCCCUCGCAUCUCCCACCGUUUCCAAAGCAGAAGAGGGACACGCCCGCGAUGCCCCAACUCCUAAUUCAUCGCCGCCGCCGCCACACUGUUGUGUUUUGUUGUGAAAAGCUUUGCUCCCUCUCCUGCACAUAUCGCUGUUCUUUAUUUACUAUUCCAUAGCCUGCCCUAAAAGCAGAAAUAUUGUCGAUCGUUAUUUUUGUACUUCACCAUCGCCGUCCUCCGCGGAUCUAAGAGCUAAAGCGCGGUUAAUUUUGUUUAUUGCUUUACUCCGCCGUAGCUCGUCUUCUUCCACUAGGGUCACGGGCUAAGGCGUUGUUUAUUACUUAUUUGUUACAUAUAUAUAUAUAUGAUGCUCUCCCAGCCGCCCACCUUUUAUUCCCCCCUUUCUUUUCUUGCUAACAUGGCUCCCAAAAUGGCUUAGAAUCACAAGAUGGCUGUGUGUCUGUUGUGGGGAGAGAAGGAAGAAGGGUGAUUUUUGUAGCUUGCUAUUUUGGCUUUUCCUACUUGGUGGUUCUUUGGUUAAGGAUAUAUUAGGUAGUGGCCUAUUCUAUCCAUGUUAUAACAAUAUAGCAGUAGCUGUCAUAAGUGAAAUGCCAGUCUAUGCAGGCAUUGUGAGCCUAGGGCUUGCUGAUCAGAAGGUCGGCGGUUCGAAUCCCCGCGACGGGGUGAGCUCCUGUUGCUUGGUCCCUGCUCCUGCCCACCUAGCAGUUCGAAAGCACGUCAAGUGCAAGUAGAUAAAUAGGUACCGCUAUGGCAGGAAGGUAAAUGGCGUUUCCGUGCGCUGCUCUGGUUUGCCAGAAGCGGCUUAAGUCAUGCUGGCCACAUGACCCGGAAGCUGUCUGCAGGCAAACGCUGGCUCCCUUGGCCUAUGGAGGGAGAUGAGUGUCGCAACCCCAGAGUCGUCCGUGACUGGACCUAAUGGUUAGGGGUACCUUUAUGCUUAUAUAUACAUGUAUAAGGGCUGCCCCCAUCCAAACUGGACUACAAUCUUAUGCAUGGUUAGCUGGAAAUACUCAACUGAAUAAGAUGCAAAUGCUCCACCAAAUAAGGUGGAACUUACUUCCUAGCAAGCAUGAGUAGAAUUGCAGUGGCACCCUGGAUUUAAUGUCUAGUUCCCGGAGAAGGGAGUUGAAUCAUUGAAUUGUAAAGUUGAAAGAUGCUGAGGAUCAACAAGUCCAAUUGGUGCAAUGCAGGAAUCUCAUCUAAAGCUUCCAUGACAGAUGGCCAUCCAACCUCUGCUUAAAAACCUCCAAGGAAAGCGGGUCCACCAUCUUCCAAGAGAGUCCGUUCCACUUUUGAACAGCUCUAACCACCAGAAAGUUCUUCCUGAUGCUUAGAGUGAGACGGCUCUGGUUGCCCUAACAGAUGAUCUUCGUAGACAGCUGGAUCAAGGCGGGUCGGGGCUGCUGAUUCUUCUAGAUCUGUCAGCAGCUUUCGACAUGGUCGAUCACGAACUUCUGGACCACCGCCUUGCCGACGUGGGAUCCAGGGCACAGUUCUUCAAUGGCUGCACUCGUUUCACUCUGGUCGGGGACAGAGGGUGGCGCUUGGGGGGGAAUUGUCAUCGCGCCACUCCUUGGUGUGUCGAGUACCUCAGGGUGCGAUACUCUCCCCGAUGCUUUUCAACAUCUUUAUGCGCCCUCGCCCAGCUUGUUCGGAGUUUUGGGCUGGGUUGCCAUCAGUAUGCCGAUGACACCCAACUCUAUCUGUUGAUGGAUGGCCAUCCUGACUCGGCCCCAGACACACUGACCAGAUGUUUGGAAGCUGUGGCUGGAUGGUUACAUGGGAGCCGGUUGAAGCUAAAUCCUUCGAAGACAGAGGUCCUGUGGCUGGGACGGGACGAUAUGGGAUUGGGGGGGCAACUCCCAUCUCUUGCGGGGGGCGCAAUUAGUGCCAGCACCGUCCGUUAAGAGUUUGGGUGUAAUCUUCGACACCUCCCUUUCCAUGGAGGCGCAGAUUGCAGCUAUAACAAAGGCGGCAUUUUUCCAUCUCCGCCAAGCUAAGCAGUUGGCUCCUUACCUCUCUCGACCUGACCUAGCCACUGUGAUCCACGCAGCGGUCACCUCCAGACUGGAUUAUUGUAACUCGCUCUACGUAGGGCUGCCCUUGAGACUGACCCAGAAACUCCAGCGGGUGCAGAAUGCUGCAGCGAGACUCCUUACGGGGUCUUCGCUGCGAGAUCACAUUCACCCGGUGCUAUACCAGCUGCACUGGCUCCCGGUGGAGUACAGGAUUAGGUUUAAGGUGCUGGUUUUAACAUUUAAAGCCCUAUACGGCCUAGGACCCUCGUACCUACGGGACCGCCUCUCCUGGUAUGCCCCACAGAGAAACUUACGGUCUUCAAAUAAAAUCAUCUUGAAGGUCCCAGGCCACAGAGAAGUUAGGCUGGCCUCAACUAGAGCCAGGGCUUUUUCGGCUGUGGCUCCGAUCUGGUGGAACACUCUGUCACAAGAGACUAGGGCCCUGCGGGACUUGACAUCUUUCCACAGGGCCUGCAAGACAGAGCUGUUCCACCAGGCCUUUGGCCAGGGCACAGCCUGACUCCCUCCCUCGGCAGUCUUCGCAGAGCUCUGGCCCAAUGGUUGCCAGUGGCUUGAAUUAAUUAAUUUUAUAAUGAAUGAUUUUAGAGUGUUGUUUAUGCUGUACUUUUGUACUGUUUUAUGUUGUUAGCCGCCCUGAGCCCGGCUUCGGCUGGGGAGGGCGGGAUAUAAAUAAAAUUUAUUAUUAUUAUUAUUAUUAUUAUUAUUAUUAUUAGUUGGAAUCGCCUUUCUUUAGUUGGAAUCCUCUCAGGAACUGGCAGUGAUGCUUUGGGUUCAGAAGGCAAAUGAGCAGUGUUGCCCUAUGUGUGCUGCCCUACCAAUUGCUAUUGCUCAUAAGGAGGGCAGGAAACUUAUUUUAUUUGCAUAAAUUCAGUUUAUAGCGAGCAAGAGAGGAACUGCUAUUAGUAGUUUUUACAAACAAGAAAAUAUAACCAGCUGCUAUUAACUUUGUUGUCAGUUAAAUUCUUGUUUAUAUUCCCAUUAAAAUGAAAUUUAAUUAAUAAAAGUAGACAAAGCUAUUUACAUAAUUGUUUAAUAGCAGAUGGUUUUGUUUUCUUUCAUCAUACCAUACAGAGUGAUUCUCUGAAGUCCACAUGAAGACAAAAACACAGGAAAAAGUCACAAUUGCUCUCAGUAAGGGAGCACUUGCUCACAUCUUGCUAUAGAUUUCACAUCACCCCAAAGAAGAGUGCUGGUUUUGUCAAAUCCUAAAUCUUGAAUGCAUUGCAUUGUAAUUAGGGUUCCCCACUACAAACCAAGCUUUGAUGCAGACUGGGAUCAAUCUUCUCCUUGUCCACCCACCUGUGUUUGCUUGAGUGAAAUCAUGCUUUGCUAUCCACGAGUUGCAUGUGUCCCAUCUUCAACAUCACCAGACACCUACACAUACUUUAAUAAGGUGCAUAAUGUGCUGGCAUCACAUGGUUGUUUUCCACAUUGUAAGUUGUAUAUCAGUUCAGGCCACAUGUGUUUAAAUGUAUCCUUUUAUGUGUAUACAUUCAAAUGUUACGUUUGUGUGUGGCUGCUAAGUGGAUCAGACAUGUAAAGUGGAGCUGCACAUAUUUGUUCCCACCACCACCAUGCAUAAACAGAACAACAGGAAAAGCAAUGUCCACGCUGUUUCUUUGGUACAUGGUUCAUGUUUCCAGUUUGGUAAUAAAGGCACAGAUAGCAAUAUAAAUAUAUAUAUUAGCAGUCUUAUCAUGGGUUGCAUCCUCGUUCAUACCAUAUUUAUGUGAAUCUAUUGCGCACCUCAAUUUUUGAAACCUUGAAACCAAAAAAGGAUUUGCUGGCGCCAUCAAAUCUAAUGUGCUCCCUAAUUUUCGUGAAGUGAUUUGGCCAAAAAACGUGCACAUUACAUUCAAGUAAAUAUGGUAUUUUAUAACUCUGAACUUUAAAUCACUGAAUUUCUGAAAAUAUUUAUUGGCUUUCUUCAGAAAGUGUUUCUAGCUGUUGUUGUUGCUGGUUUUGAAAUGGUAUCGUAAUACGGCAAUCCUAAAUUUAUCUGCUCAGAAAAAAGUCCCACUGUAUUCAAUGAGAUUUUCUCACAAGUAAGUGUGUGCAGGAUUGCCUUGUAAAAGAACAUUCCAUAUAAACCAGGCUAGACUCCUUUUCACAGUGGAAUGAUCAUUUUUAAAACUCAUGAUAAAUAUAUGAGUUUAAGUAUAAUAUCAUUGGCUUUAACUUCUUGCCUCGUUCAUAUUGGCACAAAGGGUCAGAAAAUAUUUUGUCUGUUACAGGUUAUUUACAACAAGAAAAGCUUUUAGCCACAUGUCGGGCAUUUAUACUAGAAAGCUCAGAUUUAAAAGAAUACGCAGAGCACUGUACUGGGGAAGGCUUUGUUCCAGCUUGUUUACUGGUGAGUACAUAUUUGUGAGAAAGGUGGCUGUAAGUUUUGAUCAGCCCCUGAGCUUUCUACUUUCCAAGAUAGUUCUGCAUAAUGAAUAUUUCAACUUAAGGUUGAUUCAGGUAAUAAAUGUUAGGAGCUCAGCCUACACUCGAGUAGGACCCUGGUAGAAACACAUGCCUGACUGGCAUGUUCCCUCCCUCCUGGUCGAUCAUUCGGGAGCUUCAAAAGCUUUCUUCUGCCCGAACAUCACAGCGACCGAUGCCAACAGACACCAGCACACUUAGGGAUCUGCAGAGCCUGCACAGUUCGCAUGACAGACCCCAGCAACUCAGCAUGUUGGCUAAUCUACUUUAUUUACAUAUAAACACACACGGAGCACUGCAACAUGGCUCCCUCUCUCUCUAGCAUCAGACAGCAAAGAGAAAGAACAAAGGACAACAGUCGCACUUCACAGAAUACAGUAACACAAACAUCCUGUCUCCGUCGCUUCCCACUCUGUGGAGUCAAAACAUAUACCGUCAUGUGAAAGACAACAGUCCCAUAACUGCAAAUCAUUUAUCUAACAAUAAAUACCCCUCCACUGCAUGGUGAGCUUUGGAGUCCACAUGAAAAUUGCUUGCUUGAGUCCAAAUGGCAUCCAUAACCAUUGUGCUUUGGAUAGACAAGACAUUUCCAGUAUGUUGUUGCUGGAAGUUGUGUAGUUGAAUGCUGUUCUUUUCCUUUUUUUUCUUUAGUCUCUCUUUGGGAAAAACUUAAUCACCAUCCUGAAUGAGUAUAUCACAAUGAAAUCGAAAGGUAAGAAGGGGUGUUGGGACUGGAAGAUACAAGUUAUAGAUUUGGCUAUUUUCUCCAUUAGUGGGGGGUAUAUUGUGCAAUAUGUUUUCUUUAGACUUAUAAUCCACACUCUACUCGGUGACGUCAGGACAGAGUACAUAAAUUAUUAAACACAAUUGAUCUUUUUAAGUAAAAUAAAUUCAAGGUGGCUUAAAAUUAGUUUAGAAUUUAAAAAAAAAGUCACCAAUGAAAACAAAAGAGCAGGAGCAAUAGACAAAAAACUUAACACCAGCCAGUCACUCAACAGCAGAAAGAAGGGACCAAGAAACUGCAAAGGAAGAGGAAAAACAAAACUAGCCCAGUGGGGACUGAGCAGAGUCAGAGCUGAGUGGCUGUUGCUGGGGGAAGGAGGAAUGGAAUAGAAUAUACUUGAAGUUUGCAUGGCUGGCUGGAACCCUUAGCAGAAUUUUUCAACAGUGUGACAUUUUCUUACAUACCCCACUUGUACAUCUAGACUCCAAAAAUGAUCCUCUUUAUGCUAAAGCAGCAGCACCAUUUUUAAAGAAAUUAGAAUCAUGAUCUCUUUAUUGUGUAGCCUUUCCAGUUGAUUCAUAGAUCAACCAGUCCUUUUCACAUUUGACACAAGUUUUGUCUGAUGUGUUUCUUUAAAGAAGCAACAAAUGAUGUUCCAGCAAUGAUGUCGUCUUUAUGGAAGAAGUUGGACUACACACUUUCUCAAAUCAGGUAAUUUGUAUUGAAAGCAAAUACUAGUCUGCAUGUCACAGGGAACCUUUGUCAUCUUAUUAUAGGGCUACAUUCCUCCUAUGUGCUUACUACGGUUGCAUUUUGGUGACGUCUUGGUGUUUUCGUACUGAUUUUAUCUCACUGAUGCUUGUAAGUUAUUAGACGUAGCAUGCUGAUGUUUUAAAGCUUUGUCUGAUCAGAAUGAUAAAAGUGGUGCCAAGGAAAGCUCCAGCCGCCUUUUAUGGGCUGGGAGUGGACCACAGUGAAAACUGCUGCAGUCAGGUCCACUCCCAAAGCCCCACCCUGCAGGCCCAGCCAGAUUGGCUGAAUUCAAAUAGGGGGUUUGGUGGGAACUCCUAAAGUGCUUUGUGGUUGGCCCAGUGAUUUUCAACUACUGGUUGCACAAUGGAAUUUGCAUGGGGGGGGGGGAGGGUAUCACAGCUGGAUGUGAUGGGCCGCAACCACCACCCACUCCAAAAUCUGUAAGCAGCCACUUCUGCAACCAGCCAACCAACCCCAAAGCACAUAUAUACUUCCAAAAUAAAAGCAAGCUUAUUUACUACAAAAUGUUAAUCAUGGUGAUUGUGUAUUUGAAAAUUGUUCAUCUUACCAUAGAAAUAUGUUACUGAUAACAAAAUUUUAAUUCGUGUUUAAUUUUGAUCCCCACCCCCCAUUGCUUUAAUCUCUAAUCUAAACGUCCAUGUAACUAUUGUCUCACUACUCCAUAUGAAGCCAAGUUUCCCUUACACUUGUAUAUUGAAUUCUAAUUUCACUUGGCAAUUUGAUUGUUGCAGGAGCAUGCAGAAUUCUGGUGCAUUUUGUGCUCAUCAACGGGGUAUGUAUCAGAAAACAUCUAUUUUAUGUAAUCUGAAUUCACCCCUCUAAAACCUUGCAACUUUUCCCAGUCCAAGAGGAAAUCGACUGGAAAUCAGUCGAAUUCAUUUCAGUAUGACUUGUACAUCAUAGUAUACUUAGAAUUGCAAUCUUAUUGUAAUAAGAAAUUUUCUGAAAUAUUUAUAAUAGAACUGUUAACAUUUGACAGUGUAAAUGUGAUGGAUUUGGCCCAUAGAGGCAGAGCUUAAUAUUUUCGUGGUGUAUUAAAGCUGGAAAUCCUUUAUCUUGUAUCUCUGAAGUAAGCAUUGAGAGUUUUGUUUUCUUCAUCACCCACCCAACAGACUGGCAAGUUCAGCUUGUCACUGUACUAGUUCAGAGUGAUUGGAAGUAGGAAAACAACAGUUGUCCUGAUCUGGAAGUGAUCCAGGAAAAUACCAUGUGUUAUUUCUGCCGUUUAAAUCAGCUCUUGGACUCCAUAAUCCUGGAAUGUGGACAAACUCUUUUCACUUGUAGCAUGUGUCAACACUCCUGAAUCUUGUGUGUGAUUCCAUAGUAGUGCCAGCAAGCAGCUGGCUGCCUCUUUCAGUAGUUGACACCAAAUCUAUUUAGCAACAAAACUAACUGCAUUCCUGAUUUGGUUCAAAAUUACUUCAGGGGUGAAGGAACAUUUGGUUUUACUGCAGUGCCACAAUUCAGCUCUCAAAGUAGUAAAGGCACAGCUUAAGAAACUAACAGUCUGUUGAGAUGGGCUCCUAUCUCCUUUUAUUUUAUGUCUUUUUCUAGGCCGCACAAGAAGUGCAAUUGCAGAUAUGAAAAAGCAGAGAUGUAUUCCGCAAUCACUUCCCUCAAAUUCAGGGUCCUCUGUAGCUCAUCAGCCAGGACAACUGACCUCUGCUCCAAUGGCAGCCACACAAGUUAUUCUUAAACCAACUGUAAUCCCAGUUAUGGCCCAGACAAGAUCAGGUUCUGCAUUGGCACACCAGUGCCAAGUACAAGAAAGCAAUAUUAACAGUAAGUUUAAAUACUCAAUUCCGUGGUCUUUUGGAGGGUGUUCCAGGGUUUGCACAGUUUAGCACAGUGUUGGGGAACCUCAUGCUUGACCUCCAGGCCUCCCUAUCUGGCCUAUGGGACUUUCCCCAGCCCACACAACAUCCUGAUCCACAACCCAGCUUCACAGCCUCUUUAGGUGUUUAUUCCUGUCUGGAAUAGGUCAUUGAACUCUGCUAAUGUCUUUAGUUUAUCUAGAUGGAGGAUAGAGAGGGAUGUGUGAGUGUGAAGAAACUGGCUUACUGUACAAAGGAAUAAAAUUCACAUGUGUUGCUCCACUUACUUUUGCCUCUGGCCCUGCCCACUACUGAAAUGUUGCCACCUGAAUAUUGCCCAGAAGGGAACAUGGCCUUGGGUUGAAAAUGGCUCCCCACCUCUGGUUUAGCAGAUCUCCCUCCCCACUUUCAGAUACCUGUCAGGUGAAGCAGGAGGUUCUGCCUAAAGAGGAGUUCUCCUAUCAGUUGUAGAAACCUCUACGACUAUUCCUGUCCCAACAAUGAAGAAGACAAAAAAGAUGUCUUCUGGAGAUGAAUCAGAGGAUACGCAUUAUCCCUAUAAGCUGGCGUACUUCUUUUCUUUUUCGCUGAGACCAGUGGAAAAGAAAACCAUUAAAAAACAAUACAGCCACCCCACCCCACUUUCUACUCUAGCAAUGUGAACCUGGCAGGGCUUUGAUUUUUUUCCUGCUCCUCCACCCUGGAUUCUUCCUCCUUUGCCCCCAGUUGUUACUGGUCCUUUGUUUUCCUUUUGUGUAUGUUUGUGAGAGAGUGGUUAGAAUGGAUAUGCUGAAAGAGCCAGGUGAACUGAAAGCAAUGAAACUGGCUUUCUGGCACUAAACCUGGGAAAUGUGUUAGAAUCUAUAGUUUUCCCUGAAAACACAACAAAACAUCCUCAUGACCUGGUUAUUUGAGAGAUCAUCUUAUUGAUUUUACACCCAGUAGGUCACUAUGUUCUUCUACAUGAGAGUUUCUCCUUGACAUUCCUAAAAUAACUGAAUCCCACUCCACAGUAACCCCUAGCAGGGUUUUCAGUGCAGCUGCUCCUUUGUUGUGUGGAAUACCAUUACUGCUGAGAUAAGACAGGCACCCACUGCUUGUACCUGCUGAUCAGUUAAAUAUAUUUUUGUUUCAACAAGCUUUUCCACUCAGAUGAAAAGGUCUGUCUUAGGUGUUCAUUAUCGAUAGUUUUAAAACCCAUCUUUACUUGUUUUUUGUACUGCUUAAAAAAACCUUUUCAGGUAUUGUUUUUGUAAAUUGCCUUGAAACACAUGUGGAGGACGAUAAAGAAAUAAAAUGGGGAAAAUAUUUUGUUUAAAAAGAGAGAAGAGGGAAAUGUCUACCGUAUUUCAAUUGCCUGUUGUCAUUUGUCAUUGCCUUUCCUAUUGGCAACAGAAAAUGUUUGGUAGCCUAAAAAAUCUUAAUCAGAAGCAACAUUUGUCUCACUCAUUUUUUCUUUUUAAAGCAGGAGACACUGCAAACUUGGUUUCUGCACCCCAAGAACGGAAGCUUCACUCGAGCAUGGUGUCUCCCGGAAAAAGAAAAGGGUAACUUCUAAUUCUUGGCUAAUGUGUUUUAUAAUUUAUGAAUCUUGUUUAUGUUUUGAAGGGCACCUAAUCCUCUAUUUACAACAGUGUAUUCACCCUGCUCCUUUUUACUAUUCCCUUCUGUAUGAAUUCAUUUGAAGUCACUUCCCUCAUUUCUGCCCUCAACCACAGGGCUGCAUAGUUGUGCUCACUUACCUGGGAGUAAGCCCCAUUGAACUCAAUGGGACUUACUUCUGCAUAGACAUGUAUAGGAUUGCAUAGUUAACCUUGUGUCUACAGACUAUAAACCAUUAGGUUAUGCGGCAAGUACUCUUAACAGGUGUUGAUCUCAUUUAAGGCCACUAAGUUCCUCUGAGCAAAGAGCCAGAGGAAUGAAUAGAUAAGAUUUACAACAUGAGUUGCAGUAAAUUUCCUAAAUUUAUGCCUUUCUCAUUUCUUGAAACUUCUGAAAUACUUCAGUGACUUCCAGAAGAAAAAAAACAUUGUAUCAUCGGGAUCACAAUUAUCCAAUUGUGAUUUACGGGACACUCCAAUGGUGGAAGAAGAAAGCUCACCCAUGGAAGAAGGAAGUGAACAGCUAGAACUUAUAGAGGGUGACCUUCCAGUAAGCCUUUUUAAAAAACUGCAGAACAGCACUUACUUUCUUUUUUCUACUCGCCUUUUGUUUCUCCUUCCCCACACCCUUGCAGUUUGUUAUUGCAAUUCCAGCUUCAUUUAUUGCUAUGAAAAAUUCAGGUAAUAAGGCAUUUUUAAAGACUUUCCAGAGUGUGUCCCUUUUUGGUAUAGCUUAUAAUGGUGUUUCUGGGCCAACUUUUAAAUUUAAUCCAGAAAGGUUUAGAUGCAUGACAUGUAGUCUUUAUGUCUGUACACACAUAUGAAUGUAUAAGGGCCAGCCCAAGAGAUUUUGGCACCUGAGGCAGACACCAAAAUGGUACCUCCCUCCUCACCAGAGAAGAAGAGGUCAGGGAAGAAUUGUAUCAGGAACAAGGGGUGGAAGAAAGAUUGACAUCGGGAUCUGCUGUUCCAGUGGACCCUGCUGCAUGAGGCGGUCACCUUACCUUGCCUCAUGGGUAGGCUGGCCCUGAAUGCACAUAAUAAACGUGCAUAAAGUAUAUAAUAGUAUAUAAAGUAUAAAUAGGACUUAAAUCUUGCUCCUCUUAAGAUUGGUUUGGAGACAUGAGAGCAAUUUAGAAUUGCUAUAAUAAAAGAAUCAUAAAGACCCUGAGGAUCAUCUAGUCCAACUCCCUGCAAUGCAGGAAUCUUAACUAAACAUUCAAUGAAGGAGGCACCUCUGGAUAAGGGGGUGGGAUGUUACUUAAUAGUGUUGGUAGAAUCAGUUUUUCUUACCUUUUUUAGUAAUUUUGGACUGCUUCAAAUUUGUUUUCUAGCAAAUGAUUAUUGAAAAUGCCAGAGAGAAAAUUCUGAGCAACAAAUGUCUUCAGGAGAAGCUAGCUGAAAACAUUAACAAAUUCUUGGGCAGGUAAAAGAACUUUCUUGACACCUCCUGUUCCAAAUCUGUAAAUUAUUUUGGAAGCCUGCUAAUUAUUUGUAACUGUCUGUUCCAGUGAUGGCAAUAUUUCUCAGACAGCAAAACAGGCAGACAGUGGCCCAACAAUACAAGAGUCCUCAAUUGAUGAAUUCCUUGGUCUUCAGGUAAGUUUCCAAGAACUAAUGCACACUCAUAUAUAAAAUGUAUUUGAUGCCUGGCAUGCAUUUGUAAGUGAAAAAGCACACCAAAUGGUUAAAGAAUCAGCCCACAUUUCUUACUUUAAAGCAGACUGCAUUACUUGUCACUCACUUAGCCAAGCUGCAGACCGCCAGCUGUGUAUGACAGCCAUCAGUGCUUGAUAAACCACCUUCUUUUGCUGUCUUCAUGGGACUGCAAAACCAGGGGUGUUAGCAAGGCCAAAGCAGGCCACAGUAUGUUGCUGAUGCUCCGCAUUUCAUCUUGGUGGCUUGCAAGUUGUGCAGACCUUACAAGUAACUGAGGCACAGUUAACUGGGAAUAUUAUUACCCUGAACCUUAUUGAAAUUAAUGAGAGCUGUACGAUAGCACAGUUACCAUCCUUUGUGACUAUCAAUCAGUAGGACUUCUAAAGAAGUUCUUGGUUGUGCUUAAAAUCAUGGUUUUGGUUGCUAUGUCUACACCAGGCAUCCCCAACCUUUGGCCCUCCAGAUGUUGUGGACUACAGUUCCCAUCAUCCCUGACCAUUGGUCCUGUUGGCUAGGGAUCAUGGGAGUUGUAGGCCAAAACAUCUGGAGGGCCGCAGGUUGGGGGUGCCUGGUCUACAUGAUCUGUUAAGUGAAUUUUAUUUACAAACUGAGUGGUACCCAACUACAUUCUACUCAAGAGUAGACUGUUUGAAAUUAAUGCCUAUAAAUUAGUAAUACACAUUAAUUUCAGCUGUCCUACUCAGUAUGACUAAUGUCGGAUACAGAAACUGAGGUUGAUGUAGUUUUGUAAUGAAAAUUUCCCUUGACACCUUUUGGAACUAUAGUAGAAACAAGUGCAGUCAAGAUGGUUGGUGUCACUUCAGCUUCUACCAUUGAGGUCAGGUUUAUUUUAUAAAUUCCUUCUGAUUUUUCAAGAAGGUUUUCUUCCUAUGUUACCUUUCAACAUACAUUUUACAUCUAGAGAGAACAGUUUACAUCUUCUAACUUAUUUGUGGAUUAUUUUUAUAUCACCUACAUAGCAGGGUGAGAUUCACAUGACCGAAGAAGCCAUCCAGGAGAUUCUGGAGCAAACAGAGUCAGAUCCAGCAUUUCAAGGACUCUUCGAUAUAUUUGAUUUUGGUGCGGGUUAGUUAUCACUUUGAAUACUUUGCAAUGAAAGGCUAAGGGGUGGUCUGGUUUAAUUUCAGUGGGUCUAUUCUGAGUAGAGCGAGCAUUGGCUACAGUCCUAUGUUCUGGCCAAUUUCAUAUGUUGAGAAGUCAGUUAUCACCACUUAUGAGUUUUGUAGGAACUUGGCAUAUUAUGCCUCAUAUUGUUGUAAAGUAUUUAUGGGUAUAGCACUUCAGUAUUUAUGUAGCUGUCUGUAACUGAUGCACACCAAGUGCCAGACAUGCUCACAGAGGACUCCCUAAAUGUGUGGUCUACAGUUCAUAUCUAGUUUGUUAAAUGCCAAGUAGUACAAAUAUUUGGAAUCAAUAUUUAUAACUUUUGCUCUUCCACGAUUGCCCAAAAUACUUUUAUGGAUGAUUGAUUUAGGGGAAACAGAAAAACAUACCUGAUUAAGGAAUAUAUGUUAGGUAUAAUUUGUGCAUUGAAUCAAAUAUUAGUACCCUUCCAGUUUAUUUUUUCCAUUUCUUUUAAAACAGGUAAAGCUAAGGGUGGAAGAAAUGCUUCUCACAGUAUUUCCACUCAGAAUGGAGGACUAGAGAAUGCAAUCUUAGUGGACGAAGAAAGCCUAGGAGCACUUGAAAGUUUUAUUGCAACAAAGGAAAUCAGUAAGCACUUCUUCAAAGCUUUCCAGUUAUCUUCAAUACUUGUAGAAUGUCCUUUUGUUCCAGGGCCUAGAAUGUUAAUUGUUAACCCUGCACAAAUGAUAAAACACUAUUAAAGACUGGGAGAUUUGAGAUGUGCAAUUGUGGACAUGUUAAAAUUACUGUCACUGCAGUCCUGUGUACACAAAGUAGGAAGUGAAUCCUAUUGAAAUGGAUGGGACUAACUUCUAGAUAAACAUCCAAAGGGCUGGGCUGCAAGUUGCUUAAUUGACAUUUGAGUUUCUUUGAGACUUCAGUCUUCUUUUGAAAAGGUGAGCCUUGUUGUUCUUUAUAUAGCCUAAUGAUAACAGCUGCUUUGACUUCUAACCAAGGUAACUUUGUCCCCUUCUCUCCUUUCCGUAAAUCAGCUUAGAAUGACAGCUAAUGCCAACUGUUGGCUUUGGAGCUCAAAUGCCAUUCUGAUUACAAGUCAGUAGCACAAAACUAGAUUUAAGAGCAUGUGCUAAAGUAACUCCCCAAUACCAACCUGAAUUAGUUUCUAUAUGCUGCAAACCAUUACCAGCAAAGUGGAGAUUAUUCAGACCACAGGUCCUACAUUAUGAUGUGCAGAGUCCAGUCCACUCUUUAGUUUAGAGAGUAUGCUAGUUCCACUAUAGCCAUCUCUCUUUCAGCCCAAUAAGUCUUUCUCCAGCACCCCAUGGGUCAUGGAUGGAGUCCCGUCAUGCUCUUUGUGGGAUACGUAAGUGGUAAAGCAAUGCUACAGCCUGAAUGAGUGAAAAUAGAGGUGGAGGGGUACUAACCUGUUUCUAGAAUUCACCUGUCUUGGAGGCGAAAGACCAGGGUGGGCUUAAUGAACUUAUUUCAUAUGGCACUUGUGUGUGUUACGUCCCAUAUAUUUUUGUAGCACCAUGGGUUUCAGUGAAGCUGACAACCUUCAUAGUACUAUGAUAAUAUAAAUGGAUUACAAAUUGUUUCCCUGUCUUUAAGCUAGACUCAUAUAUUGUAUUAGACAAAAUCAGCUUCAUAGCUGUUAUCAUAGAAGCAUAGAGUUGGAAGGGAGCCUGAGGGUCAUCUAGUCCAACCCCCUGCAAUGCAGGAAUCCCAACUAGAUCAUACAUGACUGAUGACCAUCCAACCUCUGCUUAAAAAUCUCCCGAGGAAGUGGAGUCCACCACCUCUUGAGGGAGUCUCUUCCAUGGUCAAACAUCUCUUACUGUCAGAAUGUUCUUUAGUUGAAAUCUCCUUUCUUAUAACUUGAAUCCAUUAAAUACAGCUUUGUAAAUUCAGAGUGCAAGAUAUCCCCAAACAAUAAUAGCUACCCCAAACAAUAACUACCAUUACUACUGCACUGAGAAAUUAUGAAAAAAAAUAGAUGAGAAACUUUAAAACCAGAUGGUUCUAUUACUCCUUGAACUUAUGCUUAUGAUAUUUUAAACGACUUCCAAUCACUUAAGACACAACAAUCAAAUAUUUUCUAAUAAAAUACUCAUCUGUACAUAGAAGGGUGGGGUUGCUGGGGAUUUUCUUCUAAAGGGGAGAGUUUCAGAUGCUGGAUAAUGGUCCUCCCUGGAUAAAGGGAGGGCAAAACAAUGACAUGGUUCUUAAGAGGCCAGUGCAAAUUUUUUAGUAUCUCCAUGGAGGUUUUACAAUGUGUUUUACACAAAAGUGGUGUAAUCUAUUUUUGUAACAUUAUUCUGGCAUGGGGUGUCCUACAACACUAGAUUGUAGUGAAACUGUGUUGAUCUGUUGCAGGUGAUAAUUCCCAAGUAACUCUGUCAUACACAGAAGAUCAUUCAAAAGAAGCACAUGUUCCAAAGACUGGUUGCAGUGGUAGUGAAGUCACCUUGGAAGAACACCUGGAGAUGCAAAAUGUAGGAGUUGAAAAAUUUCCCACGGACUCUAAAAGUGACCCUGUAGAAAUGGGAAUGGCUAGCCAAAUAACCAAGCACAAUGCAGUCUUUGAAUCUCAGCAGAAUCAUGUCUCUGACCCAGAGUUCAGUGGACACAAUGUAGGCUCUUGCAGCAAACAAGGAACAGCAGCGAGAGACAGUAGAACUGAUAAAGACCUCUUAUGUCAAGAUCUUCAAAACUUGCCUCAUUUGCAGUAUGAUCAGUUGGGUGCGAUGCAAAUCUCACCGUCUGGAGGAGCAGAGAGUUGUUCAUUGUCUAAUAAUAUACUCAGGACAAAUGCAAAAUUGCUAUCCCCUCUGAGAACUGCCCAAAAUGAAAUGCUGAAAGGAGCUAUUACAGCCAACUCUAGCCAUUCAGCAGAAACAAAUAAAAAUCUAGAGCACAUAAUGGGACAGCCAGCUGAACUUCCUCUACCUGGCCAGCAAAACCCGGACAGUCAUGCUGCCUCUGAUUGUCAAAGCCAGGAUAAAAUUGAGUCUGAUUCUGCUGCAGCAUUUGUAGCGAAUGCAUCAGAUCCAAGUGCUGUAGAGCUCCAGCUUGAAGUUGUGGAUACUUCCAACAGCCUUCAUUCAGAUGAUCAGCCUGUGCACCAAGAACCUUGUUCAAAACCUCAAAACCAGAAAUUGGAAGGCUCUGAAAUCUCACAGAUAGAAAUGCAAGAGCCAUCAUCUUCCACAAAAUCAGAUGCAGAUAGCUUAUUUCGGUCUUCUGAUAAUGAGGGGCGUUCAGAGAGAUCUACUGAUAGCAACCCCACCACAUCUGCUGUGUGUUGCUCUCCUCUUCCAGAACCAGUGGGAGAAUCAGGUCCAGGGAACAAAGAAUCAGGCAGUGUUUCCUCUAGCAGUCAAGCCACAGAUGUAGAUCCCUCCAGCGUAGUUUCCUUAAAAAUCAUUAUCAGCGAGGACUCAUUCAUUUCAGCAGAUGCCGAGCUGAACAAUGCAGUUUCCAGCAUCGCUGGAGAAAACUUGCCGACUAUAAUCCUGUCCUCGCCAGCUAAAUCACCAGCCAAGCUAACAGGACCAGCCAGAUGCAUAACUUCAGAAGAGGUUGAAAGAACUGGGGAUUCAGCUUUGGUAGAACAGAAUCUUCUUGUGCUCAGACCUCAACACUCUGUCGCGAGUACACUCAACAUAUCAAAUGAGGAGUGUGCUGUUUUUUCCAUUGCUGGGACGUCCGGCGUUGCCAAGGAUGGGGGAUUUAUACAGCUGAUGCCAGCCACAAACACAUCUUUCAGCAACUCCAAUGGUGUCUAUAUUGCCACCUGUAUGACUGAGCCAGCUUUAAAUACAAACGUUACUCCGUCAAACUUGGUUAUGUUGCCUGGCAGUUCAGCAUCUCUUGCAUCGCAGGUUCCAACACCACAGCAGUUACGGACUCCUCCUAGAACAAGCAACUUGUUUGCCAUGAACCCGCCAAUGUCGCCAAACUUUUCACAGGGUAACUAUUGGUUUAAAACCGUAACUGAAGUUUAUACUGGUUUUGGUCAUAAGUCUGUUGCUUUACUAUUUAAAUGAGUUAGCACUUACAUAUUACAUUGCUCUUCGCUUGUAGGUAACUUAUAAAAUGUGUUUAGGGUAGCCAGAUGCAAAAAUCAUGCAGCUGAUUUAAAAAUAAUCCGGUUUCCCAUGGGCAAAAUCACAUAAUAGAAUAGAGUUUCAUUGUAUGGUUUACUUUCAAAUGGUUCCUGUGGCCAGUAAUAUCUAAACCUUGAUUCCAUGGAUUUAAUACCCAUUUAGCACUAUGGAAUUUGUGCUUAUCUUGUGACAAGUCAAAAAUCAGUGGGUGGCAAGUAAAUUGACAUAUUUGCUUCUUUAGAAUUAAGUAAUAAUAAUAAAUUUUUAUUUAUACCCCGCCCUCCCCAGCCAAGACUGGGCUCAGAGCGGCUAACAACCAAUAAUAAAAACAAGUUGAUUAAAAUACAAUUUAAAAGAUUAAGAUACAACAUUAAAACAUUAGGAUGCAAUCUCUUCAUAGGAGGAGAAGGGAAAAAGAAAGAGGGGGAGGGAAUCAAACCGGUUCUAAACCAAAGGCCAGGUGGAAUAACUCUGUCUUACAGGCCCUGCGAAAAGAGAUCAGAUCCCGCAGGGCCCUGGUCUCAAGAGACAGAGCGUUCCACCAGGCCGGGGCCAGUGUUGAGAAGGCCCUGGUUCAGGUUGAGGCUAAUCUAACUUCCUUAGGGCCCGGGACCUCUAGGGUGUUGCUAUAUAUGGACCUUAAGGUUCUCCGUGGGGCAUACCAGGAGACGCAGUCCCGUAGGUACGAGGGUCCUAGGCUGUGAAGUACCAAGGAUAUUGAGUGGUAUUCACAUGCAUUCAAGUAUGAAGAAAAGUUGAUUUAAGAAAUCUACCCCUUUGGAUUAGAGGCUGAGAUUUCUUUGUUUCUGGAUCUCACUAUUUCAGCCCACAUAACUAGUCUGGAGUGAAAGCUGUAUUCUGGCUUGAAGUUUGUUCUAAAAAUGGAAUGAGAACUAAGAGCAGUAUACUAACGGUUGCCUCACCCUCAGGAUACCUACUGGGUUGCAUGAUCAGUGAUCAUGGAUGAUGAGAGCUCCUGUCCACAACAUCUGGAGGGCACUACACUGGUUACCUCUGCUAUAAGGCAUUAAGUUUAUUGCCUUAUAGCAGUUGCCUGGCCUUAUAGGUUGCCUGGCACAUCCCCCUGAGUUACUGUCUGAAGCUCUAGACUGGAGCACCUAACCAAUAUGUUGAGAUGGGAGAAGGCAAAACAAAGGAGCCCUUCCUGGAACUGAAAUGCAUUGGGGAAGCCUGGUUUCUUAGGAACACAUACACAAAGCAAGGGCUUCUGCAUUUGUUCCAAUGUCAGGAGAGUCGCAGGGGUUUCUUUGCUUCUUUUCUUGCCUUAUUGUUCAUCUGCCACACAAAUACUUGCUAAAAUAGAUGUGAAUGCAGGCAACAUGUCAGACAUUACUUCCUCCCUAUAGCUGUGUAGCUAGCAAAGGCUGGGUCACUCCCAUGCAGAAGAACAUAUUCCUAUUUUAGCCCUUUGCUUUAGAGAACUUGCUGCCUGCAACCUGCUGUAUAUAUAGGAUGGUGUUCUUCAUAGCAAGAAAUAUCAGCUUAGUAGCAAUAAUGUGGUUAGAGCUAUUUACUGCUCUUUCUUUAAAGAGCUUAUAGCUGCUUAUAUAGGGUUCUCAGGGAGUCUGCCUUCCAGGUAGCUUACGGGGUCAUACACACUUAGGCUUACUGGUAGAACAGUGCCAUUUGCCUUUGGACCAUUCUCUGACUUUGGAUGAUUGGCACAGAGAGUGAGAGAGACUCUCUGAGUAAGUACUAACAGCUUGCUCACAUGAGUCCAUUGAUUUUCAGGUUCUGCCAUCAUAAUCGCAUCUCCAGUACAACCUGUGUUGCAAGGAAUGGUGGGAAUGAUUCCUGUAUCUUUAAUGGGGCAAAAUGGACAUACAUUCUCAGAUCCUUCCCGUCAGGUAAAACGCUACUGCUAAAUUUCCAUACUGUCAUUCUUGAGUUGGAAAAUCUUGUGAGAAACCUUCAUUGUGCUGCUUUCACUUUUUCCAAGGUUCUGCACAUGCCAGUACAGACUUCUUUGGGUGGUGGUGUUCCUAAACUACCUCUCCCUCCCAAAUCUCAGAGGAUCCCAAGAAACAAGACAAAUGCAGGUGAGUUAGUGAUGUAGCUGAAGGAAGGGAAGUCUAUUUCUAGCAUGGGAAGAAUUCAUAGCUUACCAGCUCAAAUCUGAUUCCUUCCUCAGCAGCCCAAGAUACUCAGUUCUGCAGGCAGAAACUAUUGUAGCAGACUGUAUAUAAUGUUUGACUUGUCUUUUUCUUCCAUAUGAACUUAUUUGAAACCUAGAGUAUGCUUCUUACAUGCUGUCAAUUUUUUAAAAAUCCAGACUUGUUUCUUUUAAUUAACAGUUUGAUUUUUAAACAAAUGUUUUAGGAAAGUUGGUACCCGGUGGAUCUGAGCCUAUAAAUCGUCCUGCUUCUCGUGCACAAAGGUCAGUUAAGUUGCAUUGCAUAAAAUGCAGGGGGUUUUUCUCAGUUCUCAACAUUUCUGGGAAGGCACUUGCAUGAUAAAAUAUAUGAGCAGUCCAUAGUUAUUUCUGCCAUUUGCAGUGAUAAUGUUUAGGCAUUGCAAUCAUGGGAGCUACUGGCAAACAUAAUAGUGAUCACUAACUUCACACAUUAUAUUUUUCUCACUUGAGUGGUUUGGACUGUUUUCUACAUUGUUCCUUAGUAGCCUUUGAAAUUUUGGCUUAUAGCAACUGAUAGGGAGUAGAAAAUUUCUUGCAGCUGUUACUUUCCAUUUGUUCAAAGAAUUUCAUUUUAAAAAUAGUGGCAAACAUGUAUUUUAACAUGAAUGUUUAAAUGAGGGUUAAGAAACUUUAUUGGGUAGUUAAAUUAAAGUGGGUAUAUCUUCUCCCUAUUAGUUGCCUCCAGGGCCUUGUUCUUUAGAUGAAAAACUUUUCUGGGAUUUGGACAAGGAAGCACCUCUAGAGCUUAGCCUUCCUUUGCAAUGAAACGGUCCUAAGUUUUUAAGGCCCGAGGUGGUUUUGUGUACAUUCAGCAAAUUUUACAUGUUUUGUGACGGGUAAAGUUCACAACUGGAAAACCUUUAAAAUUAAUUAUGUGCUUUUUUAUUUAUUUAUUUUUACGUGCAUGGAGGGUGUUCUGCUUCUCUUCACCCUUUUGUUAUUUCAGUAAAGCAAAAAUUGAGCUAUUCAAGAUUUUUAAACUGAAGGUGGGGAUGUCCCCUUAAACCAGCUUGUUUUGUACUCUCUGCUACUAACAUGGCUGAGUUUAUAGCCUUCAGCAAUAGCCUUUAAAAAUAUACCAAAAUAAUUGAAAAUAGAAAUUUUAUCACAAGAUUGUCAGAUAAUCCCUACCCUUUUCCCCCAUUCAGAAAUGCAAACUCAGACAAGAAUGUUUGUGCAGAAUUGAAAAAGAAGCUGGAGACAGUUGCUCUCGACACCCUAAGUUCCGCUUCCAAACAGAAUGAAAGCCAUAGGAGAGUGCUUUGCUUUGACAACACUCUGGCUGCUCCAGUAGGAAGUAUUCCAGCAUCACAGAAAGAAAGGAGUGAAAACCCUUUAUGCUCUGGGAAUUCUCCCAGCGCUGUGCUUUCAACUGCUAAAACUCAGUCCUGCAAGAGGGAACGAGAGAGAACUUUGCCUCGGAUUUUAUGUAAGCCUGAUAUUACUAGCAGAAACUUGACUGCAAAGGACACCCAAUCUGAGAAGAGACAUUCAGGUCCAGGAUUGGCAUCGGAUGUGUUAAGAAAACAGACAGCAAAUAAAGAGAACGAAUUGGAAAGGACUGUUGACAAACCCCCCAAAAACCAGGAGGUGGCGACUCUGUCAAACGGCCAACAGAACGUUAGCCUUCAUAAUGAGAAGAACAGCUCCUCUGCUCAGGAACUGACUAAAAAGCAGGGGCUGCAGUCAAAUGCAAAUUGCAAAAUUUCAGCAGCUUUACCUUCAAAGGAGCCAAAAAAAGACCAAAACAGGUCUGCCAACCAAGCCCAUUGUUUGACCAGUCCAUUAACUAAACAAGCUGUGGAAAUGCUGCAUGACAUUCAGAGGCAAAGCCCCGCUAGUAAACUUCCUGAAAAUGUGGAUCUGCCAGUACCACGCACACCUUCAGGAACUGGCGAUAGACACUCUGAGGAUACCUUUGAUAUAAUAAGGACGCCCACGUGUAGACGGUAUAGUGAAGACAGUACAACACCAAGGAUCAUGGUCCCUCCAGCUACUCCUGACUUGCCAGCCUGUAGCCCAGCUAGUGAAACAGGCAGUGAAAACAGUGUUAGUAUGGCUGCCCACACUUUAAUGAUACUUUCACGAGCAGCCAUUGCAAGGACUAGUACCACUACACCUCUUAAAGACAAUACGCAACAGUUUAGGUCUUUGAGAAGUGCAAAAAAAAGGAAACCAGAAGACAUGGUUGAAUGUGAGAGGAAUGCCCGGACUGCCAGUAAAAAAGAUAUGCAGAACUUUACAGUGCCAAUAAAAAAGAAGAAAGUGAAGGUAAGUAAACUAGUCCUUUCAAACAUAAUUGCAUGGUACUGUUUCUUUUCCAGCACAGCACCUACAGGCAGAAGAAGAGUUAACAGCUUUUAAUCCCAUUGUCUAGCUAAAUGGCCCAGAAUGGGAAACAUCAUAAUGUAUCCUGUAAUAUGCCUUUUCUCAAGCUCACGUUGGCAUUCCUAAACUAAUGGAAACGGUUCCUUCAUUUUUAACUUGUCACAACUUUUCAGAAGAAAUCUUUGGCUGAGGAGACACCUCCCCAUCUUUAGAGCUUGUCUUAAUGAAUCUUUAGAAUCACAGUUACUUGCUUAUCCAAUGUUUGCAAGCUAGCCUGUAUUGGCCUGCUGUAGUUGUAAGAGACUGCAGGUAUUGCAACCUUUAUGAUUAUUUUUUUAAUCGCUAUGAAGUUUUGGUACACUUACCAGUUGACCAUUUAAGCCUAUGUCCACUGUUGGACUACAUAUACUUAUAUAUAGACUUGAGAAGUAAACAAAAUUAGAUUGGGGAAGAAUCUCAAUAGGUGUUAAUGCAGAACAUUUAAAUGUCACGGGUCAGGGAUGGUUUGUUCCAAAGGUUGAUUUUGCCUUUUGGGCAGGAUGAGACGUGAUCCUGGUUUUUAAUUUAUUUAAUGCCCCAAAAGUGGUGGGUGGAUAGCAGCCCAAUACUAUAAGUGUAGGCCUGCAUAAUCCCAAAGAACUGUACAAGCUACUUUUGAAAAAGACAGGAGAUCCCACUCAUUGGUUUAUACAGAUAAACAUGUUUUUGUGUUGAGUUCUGUGGAACUAAGCAAUUUUUAAGCACCUAGAUCUUGUUUGCCUAAAUGGUUGUGUGUUUUUUUCCUUUUUCAGCAGAAGAAGCUACCAAUCGCAUUUCCUGCUGGAAUGGAUGUGGAUAAAUUUUUGUUAUCUUUGCAUUAUGAUGAAUAAAAACUGAACUGUUCAUUGGUCUUUUGCAACUUUGAGGUGAAAUAACAAAAUGGGAGUGCAGUUGAUGCAUUCAAGUGUCACUGCAUAUUUAAAAAGGCACGCUGGUUCUGAAGAAAGUUGCUAGCUUAUAAAUAACUUGGCAGAUCAACUUCUGAGAAAGCACUUAAUGUACAACCAGUUAAGUUUGCACAGUUAUACUUGUGGGGAUAAUGUAAAUAUUGUACAGCUGUUGGAGUUGUAAAACAACAAGGUACUACUUUUAUUAACACGGGGGGUUGGAUGUGUUUUGCAAAAUGUGCACAUUAACUGCUCAGACAUUUUCAGUGUCAUACAUUGUUGAGCCAAAUUACACUUAGAAGCAGGUUCUGUUGAACUGUGGAACUUGCUUUCCAGUCACUGUGCUUGGGGUUAUAGCCCAGGACAGAUAGCUGGCUCAAGUUGGAAAACAUAAGGUAAUGGUUAGCCAAGUCUUAAAUUGGAUAGCUAGCUAACUUCUAACGAUAACAAUUCAGCUUGUCUUACAGUGGGAAUUUCCCCAACCUGCUUCCCUUGUGCCUGUCUUUUCCUCUAGUUGCAAAUCUGUUACAAUAAAGGCUUUUUCAACUUUCUUGCUAUAUUUAUAAAUAUUAAGAGGCAAUUUAUUUUUAUUUCAUUUAACUUUAAAAUACACCUGUAAAUGACACUAACCCAGUGUGGUGUGUUUUCGAACAUUUCUUAAAAGUUGUUGUAUUUAACACACACCCUUAAUAGGAAUUCCUCUUCCCAAAGAGAUGUUUGAACCAUGACUGCCAUGAAUUGGGAUUUUUAACCCAAGCCGUUGACAAUGGAGGAGGGGGGAAUCUGUUGUCUCCUUUUUCUGGUACAGCUCCUCAGGAGGACAGGAUUUACUAAAAAGGAUACCCUAUAGAACCAACUGCUCUGUUGUAGUGUGGUGCUAAAGUUCAGCCACAAUGUUAUCAGUUGUGAGAGAGAAGAAGAAGAACAAGAAGAGUUUGGAUUUGAUAUCCCGCCUUUCACUCCCUUUAAGGAGUCUCAAAGCGGCUAACAUUCUCCUUUCCCUU